AUGGUUGAUUUUCACUUGAUGAUGAAACGUGGAAAGAUUGCAAGCAAAGCUAUAGGAAAUAUGAUGUUCCAUCAUCAUUAUCAUAAUCACAUAUCAAAUCUCAGUUGUAAACCACAAGAUCCAAAUCUUGCUUUCAUAAACCCUAGUCGUAUCAGAGAUUAUGAGUUUAGUUGUAGUAAUAGUCCUGCUUUCCCGUCAUUUCAUGUUAGUAAGAAUCGUAAACACCAUAAUCAUUACAACAGUUACUAUCGUCAUCAUAAUAGUAAAAACAGUUAUCACAACGGCGGCACCACUGUUAACGAUAUGACGACUGUCAGCGCGGUUAAGAAGGUUCUUGAAAUGUUAAACAAUGAAAGUUUAACCACGGAUCAGUCAGGUGCUUCACCUGUUGCACCAGGAUUUGGAGGAUAUGGAAGGAAUAGUCCGUUUGUUAGACAGUUGAGGAUAACGGAUUCACCAUUUCCGUUGAAAAAUAAUGAUGAGGAAGACUGCCACGUUGAUAAAGAAGCUGAAGAAUUUAUUAAGAACUUUUACAAUCAGUUGAGGUUGCAAAACUAA